UCUCUCUCUCUCUCUCUCUCUCUCUCUCUCUCUCUCUCGCUGUAGUUACUCUUUCUAGUCGAAUAGACUCUUAUGUAACGAUAUUGACCCGGGGGGACGAGCCGCUGAGAGCAGCUCUCUGCCGGGGCUGCCGUGUAGCACUGAGCAUUGAGGAGGGAGGAGAGAAAGAGGAAAGAAGCUGUGAGCAGUGAGGCUGCAGGGAAGAGGAGAGGAGAGAUGGAUGGAGGAUGGAUGGACAGACGAAGUGACAGAGGCAGAGGAUUGAUAUCUCUUCGUACCAGAUGAGGAACGAUGCUGGCAAUGGAUCAAGGUGUAGUGGAGGAAUGGCUGUCUGAGUUUAAGACACUUCCAGAGACGGCCAUCUCCAGCUACGCUUCGUCUCUGAAGGAAAAGGGCUCGCUGGUUCCUGCACUUUACAAAGUUAUCCGGGAGAAUUACAGUGAUCUCCUCGAGCCGGUAUGUCACCAGCUCUUUGAGUUCUACCGCAGCGGGGAACCUCGUCUCCAGCGCUUUACACUGCAGUUCCUGCCAGAGCUGGUGUGGAGUUACCUGUCGGUCAGCGCUGGCCGGGACCCCCACUGCAGCGGCUGCAUCGAGGCCCUCCUGCUCGGCAUCUACAACCUGGAAAUAGUUGAUAAAGAUGGUCAAAGCAGAGUAUUGUCUUUCACCGUCCCCUCCUUAUCCAAGCCAUCAGUAUACCAUGAGCCCUCUGCGAUUGGUUCAAUGGCCUUAACUGAAGGAGCUCUGGCCAAUCACGGGCUGAGCCGAGUUGUUUACAGUGGACCCCACCUCCAGAGAGAGACGUUUACGGCACAGAACAGGUUUGAAGUGCUGACGUUUCUGCUGCUCUGCUACAAUGCUGCUGUAAGCUACAUGACCAGCUCUUCCCUCCAGUCUCUCUGUCAGCUGAGCUCCAGAGUCUGUAUCUGUGGCUAUCCAAGGCAGCAGGUGCGGAGGUACAAAGGCAUCAACAGCAGAAUGAUGGUGACGUCAGAGUUUCUUGUCCAGUUGAUCACAGGCAUCCACUUUGCUCUGUGUAAUGGAGAGUCAGAGCUGGGCUCCAAAGCUCUGGAUGACGUGCUGUAUCGAGCCCAGCUGGAGCUCUACCCAGAAGCCCUGCUGGUGGGAAACGCCAUCAAGUCCUCACUCCGCGGAGCUGCUCUGAAGUCAAACAAGGAAGGGACGCGGUCCAUCCAGGUUGAGAUCACGCCCACGUCCUCCAGGAUCUCCCGGAACGCAGUCACCAGUCUUUCCAUCCGCGGGCACCGUUGGAAACGGCAUGACGCAGUGGAUCUGGGUUCCCCGGACGAGCUGAUGGAGAUCUCCGAGGUGGACGAGGGCAUCUGCACACAGCCCGGCGCUCAGGGGGGCAGCCCUCCCACCAUCGUGGUCAGCAACGCCACCACGGCUGUUAGCGGGAAGCUAAUGGGGAAGGGCCUGCGCCGGCUGGGGGGCAGCCGAUCCAGCAAAGAGAAGGAGAAAGAGAAGGAGGGGGGGGCGGAUCAGCCCUCACGGAAGCAGUCGGGCAACCGGGCCAUGAGUGAGAACCUGGAGCUGCUGUCCCUCAAGCGCCUCACGCUAACGUCCAGCCAGUCCGUGCCAAAGGCAGGCACGUUGAGCCUGUCCCGCACGGCCAGCGCAGUCUUCUCACGCUCCUUUGAGCAGGUCAGCAACGCCCUGGCUGCAGCCGCUGGCACCCAGCAGCAACCGGUGCCCCCCAACCCGGCGGCGAGUCCCACCCCCAACCACCACCACAUCUCCAGGGAGAACCGUUACUCUGCCUGCAGCCUGCAGGAGGAGCAUCUGAGCCCCACCCAGCACCAUCAGCAACAGCAGCGUUCACCCAGCAUCAGCCUGCACCUCGCCCCAGACAUGUGACCCUGCCCACCUGACAGUAACACCUCCCCCCAGGUUCUGUAGAACGUGUGGAAUUGGUGGAUUGGUGACGAUACUGAAAGUCCUGAAAGCCCUGCCCCAGCUGCAGUGGACCUUUAGCCAUAAUCUGAAGAGAAACGACUCGCGGUUCAUUUCUAUUAAAAAGCCACUUUUUGAGGCUGCUGAAGAGAAAGAAGGUCCUAGCACUCCUGCCCCCUGGUGGCACUGAACCAAAACUGUUGCACCUUAAAAUAAAAAAUAAAAGUCUGUUUUUUAUUUUUGUGGAUUUCGUCAAUGGCGUGUUAAUCACUAAAAUGUUCUUUUAAAAAGUGUAUUUUUGAAGUAAGUGUAUAAAAAAACACAAAAACAAAACUCCCUUUUACCCCAUUUGUACUUCAAGUUGUCUGUGAACUUUUUAAUGCUAUCGACUCGGUACUGAGGAUUGUAUGUCAAGUUGUUAAAGGUAUUUUUGAUGCUGUAUUGAUUCGUGUGAGGCUGCGCUCAAGUAGCUUUUCAAAUAGGGUGUUGAUCUUGUGCAAACAUGAUUUGUGGUUUUUUUUUUGUUUGUUUAUUUGUUUGUUUUGUUUUUGUUUGUUUUUUUAAAGAAAGAGCACAACUUUGGAGAAUAUCCUCCCCCCCCUUUUUAUGAACUGAGCUUUGAUGAAAGCCAUCAACAUUACUACUAACACUUCUGACAUCAUGGCAAUAGAUGUGCGGUUUGCGUCCCCAGUCAAGUCCCAGAUUAAUAGCUGGUAGAAAUAGAGACUCGGAUACAAAACUUUGUUUACAUCAAGUCGUUCAUGUUGUAUUUCUGAAGCAAUAUUGUUCUUUUGACAGCAGAUCUGAAGGCCCGUCUCACGAAGCAUGUUCAGCUGCAUUUUAAUUUCAUAGAACCAUAACAGCGAAAGUGGUUAACAACAUCCUCUGUUAGCCCAGGUUUAGACACUCGGGCUGUGAUUAAUCUUCAUACACGUGCGUAUGAAAACAGCCAGUCACGUGAAGCAUGACAAGGCGUUGGCUCAUUUUUGAAAGAAAGGAAAUUAUAUGUUGAUGAAUAUGUAGAAAGUAGUGAAAAAAAACGCUGUGACCACUUGUGCAUUAGUGCUUAUCGGACUAAUAAUUGCUUUAUAUUCUUGUGUUUAUAUUUUUAUGUUCUAUCUAUGUAGUAUGAUUUGCUUCCUCUGUUAAAAAGUGUUGUGAUGUCAUGAAGUAAUUAAAAUACCAGAGGAGUCCAUCUCCGCCAAUCAUGAGCUUUUUAUGAUCUGAAAUCCUGAACUUAACCUGUCAUUGAGCAGGUCAGGCGAGCAGCAUAGGUUGACACAAUGAUGUAGGCCAGAAAGUGAUCCGUUGUCAUGAAAGUCCUGGGUUACACUGAGCUAAACCUAGCUGGCUAAGCAUGAAAUCCUGCUUUGUGAGAGGGACUCUUUUACAUCUGUUUGGUAAACAACUUUUGAUAGCAAGUCCUCUACGCUGUAUAAACGGUAUUGCCCCCAUGACAGCAGAAUGCAGUAUUUACAUGAUUCAGAACCAGUGUGAUGAAAGGUUGGUGUUACAGCCACAAACAAACAAACAGGAAAAGAAAUCCUGCUGUCACACUAUAUGAUGUGAUCUAUUUGAAAGAGGAUCCAGUGUGGUCCACUUUGCUCUCGGUCACUAAUUUACAUUUUUUUUUCUUUUAAAUUAGCAACUCUGACGAAACACUGUGGUAGUGUACCGAACUAUUGUCUAUUUCAGGAUCACUUUUGUUUUAGAAUAAAUAUCUGGUUAAAAAUGGUUGGUGCUUUAUUUAUUUAUUUUUUAUUCCUAAAUCUGAACAGUAAUAAUUAUGUGUGUAUGUUUUACAAAGUAUGAAACUGUGCAUUUUGUCUUUUUGCCUUUUGUCACAAAGCAACAUUGAUAGAACUUCUUGGACAAUAAAAGUGACUAUAUUUGAGUUAA